AUGGUUCAUGUAUCAAGCUUUAAAAACGACCACCCACUCGACAAAAGAAGAGAAGUAGCUGAACGUAUUAGAUCAAAGUAUCUUGAUAGAAUUCCAGUUAUUGUAGAGAAAGCUCCAAGAUCAGAUGCACCAGACAUCGAUAAAAAGAAAUACUUAGUACCAGCUGAUAUUACUGUUGGUAAAUUUGUUUAUGAAAUUAGAAAGCAUAUGACCAAAGUUAGUGCUGAAAAAGCCAUUUAUUUGUUUGUUAAUAAUACUAUCCCACCAACUGCUGCUUUAAUUUCUCAAAUUUAUGAACGUUAUAAGGAUGAAGAUGGAUUUUUAUACAUUACUUACAGUGGUGAAAAUACUUUUGGUAGUGAUUUAUAA